CAGUAGUCAGCGAGGAAUACCCCGCUGGCAGCAAAAGCGCGUUACAACCGCGAUGUCCGCAAAAGCGAACUAUCUAAAAUAGUAUUACGCGGCGCGUUAAUACAAACAAACGCGGCGGUUCCGAAGAAUCUGCAUCUCGUGAUACAUUCGUCGUUACAGAGAAGUUCGGUGCCAGUGUCCGUGCCGUUACACUCAGAAGGCUAUGCAUUGCUGCGUUCGGAACGAAUCGAUUUGACAACAGUCGGAUUUUCGGUUCCCUAAUUUGAUUGCGGCGUUGAGGCGUUAGGUUUUGAUGGUAGACAUUUGCUAUGGAAAUGGCAUCGGAAUCUAAAGGCGUUAAUAUACACCUGCCGCUGAAUCCUGAAGAAGGCAAUGAAAGCGUUUCCUUUAACGUUAAUCCCGGAAUAGUCUAUUCACCUCCCAUUGGAAAAGAACGCGAAUCUCUAAAUAAUGCAUUCGUGUUAAGAGCUUUCCGAAGCACACAAGUUGGUACUUAGUGGAAACAAAACUCAGGUCGUUUUAUUUGAUGCUAAUAUGGUAUAUAUGAUAAAUGAAGACUUGGAAAUUAUUUCAGGGCUUUCCAAAGCACAGAAAUUGGUACCUAGUGGAAACAAAACUCAGCGGUUCGCAGACGAACCUCUGCAACGGAUCCCCUGCGACGGCAUUAACGAUGCCCGGAACUCUUCGGAAAGUACCAAACGGCAGUCCCAGCAAUAAUCACAACAAGAGACCGAUGAUUUCGCUAACUCACCUACCGAAACGGCCUCCCGUUGAUAUAGAAUUCAUAGAUCUGUCGUAUUCCGUAUCCGAGGGACGCAAAAGGGGUUACAAAACGAUACUCAAGUGCGUAACCGGUAAAUUCAGAUCUGGCGAGCUGACCGGCAUAAUGGGACCAUCUGGGGCAGGAAAAAGCACCUUGAUGAACAUAUUAGCCGGCUACAAAACCUCGAACCUCGAAGGUUCAGUCCUGAUCAACGGCAAGGAACGUAGCCUGCGCAGGUUCCGCAAGAUGUCUUGCUACAUAAUGCAAGACGAUUGCCUCUCGCCUCACCUGACGGUCAAGGAAGCUAUGACGGUAUCAGCGAAUCUCAAAUUGGGAAAGGGCGUUUCCCGCUCGGAGAAGAAAGUCGUAAUCGAUGAAAUUCUGGAAGCGUUAAGCCUGCAAGACUGCGUCAAUACUUCGACAGUUAACUUGUCUGGCGGUCAAAGGAAACGCUUGUCGAUAGCACUGGAACUGGUCAACAAUCCCCCGGUGAUGUUCUUCGACGAACCGACCAGCGGACUGGACAGUUCUUCGUGUUUUCAGUGUUUGUGUCUGUUAAAAUCGUUGGCCAGGGGCGGCAGGACUAUCAUAUGUACGAUACAUCAGCCUUCCGCUCGCUUGUUCGAAAUGUUCGACCAUCUGUACAUGUUGGCCGAAGGACAAUGCAUUUACAGGGGCCCCGUUAUGGGCCUGGUGCCGUUUCUGUCGACGAUGGGCUUGCACUGUCCCGGUUACCAUAACCCCGCCGAUUACGUGAUCGAGGUCGCUUGCGGCGAACACGGGGACUACGUUCAAAAGCUGGUGAUCGCGGUGAACGCAGGGCGAUGCAACAAUUUUCACAACGUAACCGAAAUUACCAACGCGAAAAUUUCGAAUGAGAUAGUUAAGCAACCCGCGUCCCUAAAGGCCGCAGAUGACGGAUCAAUAAAACUGUCCAACGGAUCCGCCAAACCCAAGACUUUGUCACCUGCCACUUGUACAACAUCACUUUUAGAUUCCUCGGAAAAUUUACCGCAGACCGAAAAGAACGGAUUUCCUACGUCGGGGUUUCGCCAGUUUUUAAUCUUGCUCAAUCGCAGUAUUUGCAUUAUCCUGCGGGACAAAACGCUUACGAGAAUGAGAUUAGUGGCACAUAUUGUGAUAGGAAUAUUGAUAGGGUGCAUUUAUUAUGACAUAGGGAACAAUGCGGCGAAAGUAAUGAGCAACGCCGGAUGUUUGUUUUUCACCGUCAUGUUCAUGAUGUUCACCGCUAUGAUGCCUACAAUUUUAACCUUUCCACUGGAAAUGUCUGUAUUCGUGCGGGAACAUCUGAAUUAUUGGUACUCGUUGAAAUCGUACUAUUUCGCAAAAACCGUCGCCGAUAUACCUUUUCAGAUUAUAUUAACGACUUGUUAUAUAGUUGGAGUGUAUCUAAUAACCUCCCAGCCACUGGAACCCACCAGAUUUUCCAUGUUCUUAUUGAUCGCGGUUCUUACUGCUCUCGUAUCGCAGAGUUUUGGACUUCUCAUCGGUUCCGGCCUUAAUAUAGAGAGCGGCGUAUUUCUUGGACCAAUUUCCACGAUUCCGAUGGUACUAUUCUCAGGAUUUUUCGCCAAUUUGGACGACAUACCUCAAUAUCUGCAGUGGUUACCCUACUUGAGUUACGUCAAAUACAGUUUCGAGGGGAGCAUGAUCGCAAUAUAUGGCUUGAAUCGGCCAAAGCUGGAGUGCAAGGUGGACUAUUGCCACUUUAAAUACCCGACCACGUUUUUGAAUCAGAUGUCGAUGAAGGGCGAUAUGAGAACUUACGUAAUAGACGUCAUUGUCCUUUCUAGUCUUUUCAUUGUCCUUAGAGUAAGCGCGUACUUCGUACUUCGAAUAAAACUCAUGCAGAACCGUUGAGCUUAAUAUUAUAGUUAGGUUCAGUAUUGUGAUAGUGACAGGAGAUUUUAAUUGUGAUUUUUUUGUACGAAUGGUUAUCACUGUUAGGUACUCUUUUUUUAUUAUUUAUUCACGUCAUCACAACUGCAAGUCUUCAGGAAUGGUCGGUUAUUUUAGCGAGGGUGACUAUAAAGGGGACUUUGAAACUCAAACUCUGAAUAUGUGAUAUUAACGAAGGCGCACUGCGAAAUUACAUGUACAUAAAUAAUUUUCAGGUUUGUGUUUGCAACCACUGUAUUUUGCGUUGCCGGAUUUUUUAGCGAUUUUUUUAAAAUUUUCCACAGCUUAUACAAUUUUCGUACCUACUGAUAUUGUAAUGUCAAAUAUUAAUCGAUAAUAUUAUAUAAACGAGAAAUAGGUUAGUGGAACUUCAAGUUUACUAAUACAUUUUUAUACAGACGUGAUUGUUUCAUUUUUCAC